UUUAAAUUAGAUAUCUCCCAAACUAUCCGUUACCGAUAUUUCUCUCUUCAAAACUCUCUCUCUCCAAAUCCGAAGAGAGCUCUGAUGGCAACUUCAGUUGAAUCUCCAUCUCCUGCUUCCCUCCACAAGGCGCAUCGAUUUUCAAUGGCGUCUUCUUCUCCUCCGUUGUUCAGUCCUUGUUCGGAUAAGCGCUUCUGGAACACUCUCACCAGCCGCGUCGACACGCUUCUCGAGAAUCAGAAGCCGAAAUCGAGUUCCGAAGCUGUAAAUCAUGCGGAUAGAUUGAAGGAGGAUUCAUUGCUUUUGCUGAGAGGGUUUGAUUCGGUGGCGCAGUCUCUCUCUCAUCUCUCUAGUAAUCUCGAGACUGCUCUUGAGGGAGCUAGAAGUAUAGCCAAACAGCCGACAUUGAGUGAAAUCUUACAUGCCACCAUUGAGAAAGCCAAAGAAGGAGAAAAUUCUGCAGAGGAAGAGAGUAAAGCUGAUAAGAAACAAGAUGAUGACAACAUUGACAACAGAGGAUUGAAGCGAAAGCUGGAUUCGGAGGAAUGUAACGAUGAUCAAGAUGAAGAAACUGCAGAUGAGGCAAACAAAAAGGGCUCUAAAGAAAUGGAGAAGAUAAAAAAAGCAAAAAAUCUGGCAAUCACCAUGGCGACACGAGCAGCGAGCAUGGCUAGGGAGCUGAAGUCGAUCAGAUCGGAUAUGGCCUUUAUGCAGGAGAGAUGUGGGCUGUUGGAGGAGGAGAACAGGAAGCUUCGCGAUGGGCUAGGGGAAGGGACAGACGACGACGACCUGGUGAGGCUUCAACUCGAAGCGCUUCUUGCAGAGAAAUCAAGGCUGGCGAACGAGAAUGCAAACUUGACUAGGGAAAACCAGUGCCUGCAUCAGCUUGUGGAGUACCACCAGCUGACAUCACAGGAUCUCUCGUCUUCUUACGAGAGCUUACUGAGGGGAAUGCAGCUCGAUUUUUCGUCUCCGCGAGAAGGGGGUGAAGAGGAAGAUGGGAGCUUCCGAACACCCUAUGCAGACCUGUUGGGAUUCUCCAAAUCCUUGGAUGAGUGCUUUGAUGAAGAAGAACAAGAGUAGGCCUUACUUAUUGUUUGCUUCUGGAAUUUGUUGUAAAUUAUUGCUGCAGUUUCUGUAUUUUGAGAGACAAGCAUUGAAAUGCUUAUUAUUGUGUUUCUGGA